GCACUGUCGUGUUUCUUAAUUUUGUUUAUUAAUUCAGAAUAUAUCAUAUUGGUUAUCAAUUUAUAGUGCUUCAUGGAGGAGGUUAAGGAACACCCAUACGUCUUGGAAUGUGAAGCCGCUAAGCCACUGAUCGUUGACACCUUUAAAUUUAUGUACGACCUGGACUUUUUGAAUCCUCAGGCAGACGAGCUUACCACUCCACCACUGGCAAUGCCAAGGCUACCGCACGAAGUCAUCUUUGCGAUAGGCGGCUGGAGCGGUGGCACCUCUAAAGGUUGCAUCGAGACUUAUGACACGAGGGCAGACAGAUGGGUAACCAUUAACGCAGAGGAUCCUGCUGGUCCCCGAGCGUAUCAUGGAACCGCAGUGCUUGGUUUCAAAAUAUUCUCGAUUGGCGGAUAUGAUGGCGUAGAGUAUUUCAACACAUGCCGAGUUUUUGACGCGGUUAAAAAAAAAUGGAACGAAAUCGCACCGAUGCAUUGCAGGCGCUGCUACGUAAGUGUAACAGAGCUAAAUGGUAUGAUAUAUGCAAUCGGCGGCUACGACGGGCAUAACCGACUGAACACUGUGGAGCGGUAUAAUCCAAGGACCAACCAGUGGUCCGUUAUCCCGCCAAUGAACAUGCAACGCUCUGAUGCCAGCGCCUGUACUUUGCAAGAACGCAUAUAUGCUACAGGGGGAUUUAACGGCCAGGAAUGCCUAGACAGCGCCGAGUAUUAUGACCCUGUAACCAACAUUUGGACUAGAAUACCUAACAUGAAUCAUCGUCGGUCUGGAGUGAGCUGCGUGGCCUUUAGAAACCAGCUUUACGUUAUCGGCGGCUUUAACGGAACAGCGCGUCUAUCUACCGGAGAACGCUUUGAUCCGGACACGCAAACUUGGCACUUCAUUCGUGAAAUGAACCACUCUCGCAGUAACUUCGGGCUUGAGAUUAUAGACGAUAUGAUUUUCGCUAUAGGCGGCUUUAACGGCGUCUCAACGAUCUCUCAUACGGAAUGCUAUGUAGCCGAAACAGACGAAUGGAUGGAAGCCACAGAUAUGAACAUUGUUCGUUCCGCCUUGUCUGCCAAUAACAGAGCUGGGCUCCCAAACAAGCGAGACUAUAUACACAAAGAGCGGGAUCGCCUAAUACUGAAAAAAAAAAAAAAAAAAAAAAAAACGCCGAAACUGCGCUAGGCAUCGGCUACAACGCCUCGU